CCCUGCUGAAUCCUCACACCGUCUGUCAGCAUGGGGAGCGCUUGUUUUUCCCGGGACGUUUGUUUGUUUAUCCUCCUCAUAAAUACUUGCAUGGUGAUGGGGAAUGUCGGACUUGCAGAUGCAGAUGAGUGUGCAGAAGGUUCAGACGACUGCCACAUCGACGCCCUCUGCCAGAACACGCCCAAGUCCUACAACUGCAUCUGCAAGCCAGGCUACAAGGGAGAUGGCAAGCAAUGCGAAGACAUGGAUGAGUGUGAGAACGACUACAAUGGAGGCUGUGUCCAUGAAUGCAUCAACAUACCUGGCAACUACAGGUGCACCUGCUACGAUGGAUUCAUGCUGGCCCACGACGGACACAACUGUCAGGAUGUGGACGAGUGUGCGGACAACAACGGAGGAUGCCAGCAAGUGUGUGUCAACACCAUGGGGAGCUACGAGUGUCUGUGCACAGACGGCUUCUUCCUCAGCGACAACCAGCAUACCUGCAUCCACCGCUCUGAUGAUGGGAUGAACUGCAUGAACAAGGACCACGGCUGUGCCCACAUCUGCAGAGAGGCUCCAGGCAAAGGCGGGGUGUCGUGCGAGUGCCGUCCUGGCUUUGAGCUGGCCAAAAACCAGAAAGACUGCACAUUGACGUGUAACUAUGGAAACGGCGGUUGCCAGCACACAUGCGAUGACACAGACACAGGGCCGGUGUGUGGCUGCCACCAGAAGUACGCCCUGCACUCAGACAGCAAGACCUGCGUCGAGAAAGAUGAGGCUGCAAUUGAGAGCUCUGAGUUCAAUGCCACGUCAGUAGCUGAUGUGGACAAGCGGGUGAAACGGCGGCUACUUAUGGAGACCUGCGCCGUGAACAAUGGUGGCUGCGACAGGACAUGCAAAGACACAGCCACAGGGGUGCGCUGCAGCUGCCCCGUGGGAUUCACUCUGCAGCCCGAUGGCAAAACCUGCAAAGACAUCGACGAGUGCCAGGAGAACAACGGAGGCUGCGAUCACUUCUGCAGGAACACAGUGGGCUCCUUCGAAUGCAGCUGCCAGAAAGGACACAAACUGCUCACUGACGAACGGUCAUGCCAAGAUAUUGACGAAUGCUCCUUUGAGAGGACCUGUGACCACACCUGCAUCAACUACCCUGGCAGCUAUGAAUGCAUCUGCAAAAAGGGAUACAUCCUGUACGGCCUCACACACUGCGGAGACAUUGAUGAGUGCAGCAUCAGUAACGGGAGCUGUGAGUAUGACUGCAUAAACACCCAGGGCGGCUACGAGUGUGUGUGUCCACCCGGUCAGAAACUCCACUGGAACAAGAAAGAUUGCAUCGAGGCGGUGAAGUGUCUGCCCAAUGGGAAGCCAGUACCACGAGCCCAGCUAACAUGCACCAAGAGCGGGGGGGCAGAGGUCUGCUCACUCUCCUGCCCCUCCAACGCCCUCUUCCUCGCAGACUCAGAGAACAGCUACACACUGAGCUGUGGAGUGCCCGUCCAGCCUGGUAAAGCUCCUCAGAAGAGGAACACCACCACUGCUUUACCAACCUGUGCCGACACACUGGCCCCACCCAUCAAGCAGAAGGCCAGGUUUAAGAUCAAAGAUGCCAAAUGUCACCUGAGGCCCCGCAACAAGGAGAAACACAGAGACUCCUCCAGACAGAACCUACAAGGAGGCCAAUUCCCCUGCACAGACGACUGCCAGGUAACAUUUGUAAACCUCAAGUGCGACUCUUCUAAGAAGCGCCGACGAGGACGCAAAUCUCCUUCCAAAGAGGUUUCCCACAUCACAGCUGAGUUUGAAGUGGAGAUGAAGGAGGAAGAAGUCUCAGACACGUGUAACGUUGACUGUGUGCGUGAACGGAUGAAGCAGAAGCUGCAGAGCGCCAUGCGGACGCUCCGGAAGUCCAUCAACAAACAGCAGUUCUACAUCCAGUUCUCUGGGACGGAGUACGAGGUGGCCCAGAAACCGUCCAAGGUAACGGAUGGAGCUGAGGCCUGCAGCACGGGACAAGUCCUCCGAGACGGGAAAUGUGUGAGCUGUGGGUUCGGGACGUUCUACAGCGGGGAGCAGGAGCAGUGUGUGCAGUGUCUUCCCGGGACGUACCAGGACACACUAGGACAGCUGUCAUGUGAGCCAUGUCCCGGCAUUGAAGGACAGGGAAUCGCCGGGGCCAAGAACGUGUCUCAGUGUGGAGGUCAGUGUCCAGCGGGUCACUUCUCUGCUGACGGCUUCCGUCCAUGCCUGUCCUGUCCGAUGGGCACCUACCAGCCUGAACCGGGCCGUGUGCUCUGCUUCCCCUGUGGAGGAGGCAUCAUGACCAAGUUUGAAGCAUCAGUGGCCUUCAGGGACUGUGAGGCCAAAGUGCACUGUGCUCCUGGACAUUACUACAACUCCAGCACCCACCGCUGUAUCCGCUGCCCGGCAGGCACCUACCAGUCUGAUUUUGGGCAGAACUACUGCAUCACCUGCCCCGGGAACACCACCACCGACUUUGACGGCGCAACCAACGUCUCCCACUGCAAAAACCAGCUUUGUGGAGGUGAGCUGGGAGAAUACACAGGUUUCAUUGAGUCUCCUAACUACCCCGGAGAUUACCCAUCCAAUGUGGACUGUGUGUGGACCAUCAACCCCCCACACAAGAGGAGAAUUCUCAUCGUGGUACCAGAGAUCUUCCUCCCGAUCGAGGACGAGUGUGGAGACGUGCUAGUCAUGAGAAAAAGUGCCCUUCCCACCUCCAUCACCACCUACGAGACGUGUCAGACCUACGAGCGGCCCAUCGCCUUCACGUCACGCUCUCGCAAGCUCUGGAUUCAGUUUAAGACCAACGAGGGAAACAGUGGCAAAGGCUUCCAAGUUCCAUAUGUCACGUACGAUGAGGACUACCAGCAGCUGAUAGAGGACAUAGUGCGAGAUGGCAGGCUCUACGCCUCUGAGAACCACCAGGAGAUACUGAAGGAUAAGAAGCUGAUAAAGGCUCUGUUCGACGUGCUGGCCCACCCUCAGAACUACUUCAGGUACACGGCGCAAGAGUCCAAAGAGAUGUUCCCUCGCUCCUUCAUCAAGCUGCUGCGCUCCAAAGUCACCAGGUUCCUAAGGCCGUACAAAUAGUCGGGACAUCUCUGCUGUCCUGUUAAAGCACCCCCCACCCCUUAUCUGAUCUUCCCCUGCCCGUCAUACAACUUAACAUCUUCCUGUCCUAUAUUUGUCCUGUUUGUCACAUAAUGCCUUUCCUCCUCUUUGACUCCUUUAAUGAGUAACACAUUGUUAACUGACGCCCUACCCUCAGUUUGUGCAGCUUUUUUUAUAGGGUUUGACUGAUAUUGGGUUUUUGCAGCCCAGUAUUAAUAUUACCAGGAGAAGAUGACUGAUAUAAAUUGUGUGUAUAUAUUGUUUCUUUAAAUCCGACAAUUUUAGACCAAACCUGUACAAGUUUUGACUUAUAUUUGGAAUUGUCAAUGGUGGUGUGUGCUUUAAUUGAAUAUUGAACAUACAAAAUAAGGUAUUGACAUCACUAUGUUACACUUGCGUUUCUAUUGGCUAGCACUCCAACACAUUGUUCAUGAUAGGCUAAGGUCAUCUCUAAGAGGUUGAACAAUCACUACAGAGCCAGCCAGCUAAGCAAUCAGAGCGGACUGGUCUCUGGUUUCAGACAGAGGGUGAAAAGAGGUGCUGCAGCACAGGCAGUAUGAGAAAAAUAAAGACCUUUUUGAACAUUAAAGCAUGGAGACAUGUCACAGUAGAGGCACAAAAUACAAAUAUGAACCUGAAAAUGAACUUAAUAGUGCCACCAAGAAACUUGGUCAGACACAGCACAGAAAAAUUCAACAUGUAAUUAAUUAUGAAAUGAAGCAACUGAAAGGAAACCUGUUUAUUAGGGGUUUUAAUCACUAUUAUAGAAAUGUAUUAAUUAAUUGUCUCAUACGUGGCAAGAAAACUGAUCAAAAUGUUGGACUAUUCUUUAAAAAAUGGUGUUUCAAAAAGCUCUAAAACAUUUUUUAAAUAUCAUUAUUUUCUGAAUAUUUAGGUACAUAUUAUAAUCAAAUGGUACUUUGUAUGUUUAAUGCAAGUAUCAGGAAACCAUUGUAUCGGUCAAACCCUAUUUCUGCACACCAUAUACGAUAUAUUUUUCUUUUCCAACCUUCCUCAGAGUUCUGCACCUUCAAUAACAACCUUUACCCUCUCUCACUUUUAUUUUGUUUUUGUUUUUUUCUGUGUUGUUGUGUUGUUUUUGUAAUAUUUAUACUGAACUUGCAGAAGCCCACAUUGCAGAUUUACAACGCACAUACAGACGUGUAAGAUGUGUGUGACAUACACAGGUGAACACGCAUGAUGUGUAGAGAUGUAUCGGCCCACACGGUGUACAUGGAUGCAAUCUGAAUUGGAUUCCUUUUUUGGCCCCUUUGUACACAAGACAAAUGUACGUUCUAUACACAAAUUUUAACAAUUUUUAUAUGGGAAAAUCUUAACCAUUCCACCUUUUAGUAGAUGCUUUAUCCAUUUAAGCACAGGGAAGAAUAAACGGGGUGAAUCAGAAAGUCUAUAUUGUAAAAAAAAAGAACAUAUGUAACAAGAUGAGAUAAACUACCUGCAAGUAACAGAGUGUUGCUUUAGAGAGAAAUGUAUGUAAUGUAACUAAUAUUUGGAACUUUAAUUGCACUUGAAUUUUAUAUUUUAAACUGUAGGAAAAAAAGAUCUAAGUUACGUUUUUUGUUGACUUUUUUGUAUGGUUUUGAAAUGUGCCACAUGUGGCGGUGAAGAGAGAGACGGCUGUGUCUCCUGUUAUUGCCCCCGCACUCAUUGCCCAUCCACACACACGAAACAGUUAGACUGAAGCUUCAGCAUCUCGUAACUGUAUGUAAACAGAUGUGCACAGAGAAAAACUCCACUACAGUUUGUUUGUGUAUUCACUGCCGGAUUUUGCUUCCUAUAUCAAACAUUUCCUAAAGCUGCCAGAGAGAGGAAGCGUCCACAUAAAAGCUUCUUGUAUGAUGGCACUACUUACAAGCCUGUUCCUUAAAACUACUUACAAUACCUGCAUUUAUCCAGAUGCAGUCUCUUUCCAUUAAAUAGGAAGUAUAGUUUAUAUACUUUUCUUUUAUAACCCAACUAAAUGUUUCUGUGUCAUUCCAAACGGUACUAGUAUGUCUAUGAAAUCCUAUAACAUGUAUUGAAGAUGGGCUCUAUAUCUGCACAAUGCGACUGGAGUCGGGAAAAACAUGUACGGAGUGACUGGAGUUUUGGACGCCAAUGUAGUGGCAGUCAGACUAAGACACAUCUCCUAUCUGAGUGUCUGUGUGUGUGUAGCACUUGCAGCCAGCAAACUUUAUCUGUGUGUUGUUUAUAAAGAAGCUGGCCUCCCCUGAAGGAUAAUAAACAGUCCGAUGAACAUCCCCUUCUGAUGUUAAAGCUCCUCUAGAAACACUUUGGAUAACAUUCCUAAAAAGAGUCUUUGUGCUGAGCAUAAAGAAUACGGGGAGCUCAUUUAGAGCAUAUCAAAGCAUAAUGAUUAUAAACUAAAGGACCAUACUGGAGGUUUUGCAUGUUUUAGCACAUAUAUACUGCUUAUAUCUUCUACAGUGCAGUAUUACAGGUUUCCUGCAUUCCAGGGGGGAAAUCAGUGUGUGCACUAUCUCACGGUGGCCGAUAGGUGCCAAGAAAAACUUCCAUUAGGAGAAACGUGCUGCAGUUUUAAAAAUGAUGCAAAUGAAAAAAGGGACAUGCACAGCGUUUAUUACAAGUGCUGCAUUAAAUGCUGCAAAUACAAAUUGCAACAAGAAGCUCAAAACAUAACCGAAACGGGGACACAGCGCUUGUUAUAAAGUUGGCCAACCGGUCAAUAUUAUGGAAAUUUCCCAAACUUAAAUGUGUUAACUGGCUUAUUUUAACAAUGUGAUCACAUGACUCCUUCCAACAUUAUUGCAGAUCUACUGUAAGCUAGCUAGCUAUUGAAGAUAACCUAGUCAAAUAUUCGGAGAAAACACUUAACAUUAUGAAACAGAUUAACUCUGCAAACAGUCGGUCAAUUUAUAAUCCCCAAACGUCAACAAGUGCUUCCCCAUUUGGGUUGUUUUCUGAGCUUCUUGCAGCUUUUUGUAUUUGCAGCGUUUCAUUUAUACAGUUUUUUAGUAAACGCUGCCCAUGUUUCGUCAAGUUGGUGGAUGUUUAUUCAUUUGCAUCUGUUUUGGCACAUUUGUGUUUGUUGCAUCAUUUGUGGAAGUGCAGCACUUUUCUCCUAAUGGAAGUGUUUUGGUCUGUUGUAGCACGGUUCCACCUGUCGGCCACCCUACUUUCUUUUGUUCAUGUUAUCUACGGAAAUAAUAAAUUGUUCCAGGAAGUGCAAUGUUUUUUAGGCUCUAAAUUUAAAUAGCAUAAUUCAAUAAAAAAAAUGUGUGCUUCAAUCUUCAGUCAUGUAAUUUAUUUGUAUUUUAAUGGACUAAAGCAUGCGAAAACUAAAGGUAUGGUCCCACAUGGCACAGAGCUGGUCAUAGUAAGGGCAUUUAAUUCCAAUACAAGAUAUAAAAUGGUGAUAACCAGAAAAACAAAAAAGGGAAAUAUCUUUGAAGACAUGUUUUUACCGGCAUUGACAGAUAAUCACCCCCUUAAAUACUCUUUAACUGAAACCCUAUGCUGCCAAAUAGCUACCAUACAGAUGAUUAUGGUAUGGCCUACUUCCUGUUUGAGGUGGGCACUGUUCAAUAUGAGUGUUAUGAAAAAAAUGACAUGCUCUAUAAUUUUAAUUGAUUUUUCUUUUUCCUGAGAAUGUAUUCUAUUGUGUGUGUGUGUGUGUGUGUGUGUGUGUGUGUGUGUGUGUGUGUGUGUUGUGUGUGUGUGUGAGAGAGAGACUAAUUCUGAGAAUGGGUAUGUUUGCAGUGUGUGUGUGUGUGUGUGUGUGUGUGUGUGUGUGUGUGUGUGUGUGUGUGUGUGUGUGCCUGUGAUAGGGAGAGAGUGUGUGUGUUUGUACUUUAGUCCAAUUUGUAGAGGAAUAAUUUUAACGUUUGUGUUAGUCGGUUGUACCCAAAGAGAGAAAUUGUAACGCAGUGUUGUGCCAUUGUUUGGUCUAUGAAACUCCAGUACUGAACAAAUUAAAUAAAACAGUAGCAGAAAACACA